AUGAGCAACCCAAAUCCCAGAAACGCCGAAACAUUGGAGCGUCCAGCCUCCGACAGCAGCAGCAGCGUCAUCGUCGGUGGCAGCUUGCAGACGGAGAGAGGAAGGAGAGAGGAAUUGGAGGUCGUCGAUUCCUUGGGCAUUUCGCGAACCAGGUCCAAGAGAAAUCCCGACCUUAUCGCCGACGAGGUAACUGCCCCCUGCAGCGAGUGCGGCAGGCGGUUCUGGUCGCAGAAGGCCCUGUUCGGGCACAUGCGGUGUCACCCAGAGCGGCAGUGGCGCGGCAUCAACCCUCCGCCCCAUCUCCGCUGUCCCCACGCGGCGUUUGAGCGCCCGCCGCUGCCGCUGCCGCCGCCGCCGCAGCCGCCUGGCUCUCUUCGCCCUCCAGCAGACCACAGCCAAAGCCAUAAUAGGGAACAUGAAGCCGCCAGGUACCUCGUCAUGCUGGCGAAAGGGCGGAGCUCUGCCGACGCGGGAACCGUGGACGCGCCGGUGGCGCCUCUCCCUCCGCCUCAUUUGAACUCCCAAUUCGAGUGCUCCAUUUGCAAGAAGGUGUUCCCGUCGUACCAGGCCCUCGGAGGCCACAGGGCAAGCCACAAGAACGUGAAAGGCUGCUUCGCCAGGGCGAGGGUCAACGAAGGAGAUGAACCUUGCGGGACAGGACGCGGCAGCAAGGAAAAUCCCACAACCAGCAGCGGCGAGGACGACGAGAAGAACGCAAACAUGGUCUGCUGGAGUGCUUUCCCCGGCGACCAAGCUCUCGCCGGGCAGAAGAGGUCCGACUGGGAUGAGUGCGGCACCUCGUCGACAGCUCUCAGUGGCCAUGUCCCGGAUUUGAACUUGGCGCUGCCUUUCGAGAACAAGGAGGACAGUGGGUCUUCCCCUGAUCCCGCUUUGGACCUCAAGUUGGGGACCUGA